AGGGCCGGGUCAUUGACGCACCAGACAGCACCAGACAGCAUCAUCAUAGGUCCUCUCGCUCUGGGAGGCCACGAUUUUCCCGCCAGACCGACCUGGGCCCCCGGCCAGAGCAACAAGGCCCCAAGGCCACCCCAGGCCGCAGCUGGCGGGCACUGGCACAAGCGCUGGAUAAUUAGGCCAGGGCUUGUUCCCGCGGCUCAUCGCCGCUGGAGAGUUUGGGCUGCCUAGAGGCCACGCCGCGCUGCAGCUCCACCAAUUCCCCGGCAGCAAUAGAGGGCGGAUUCCUGGGCGAGAUGCAGUGGGUGUGGGCGCUCGUGCUGUUGGCGGCGUUGGGCAGCGCCAGGGCCGAGCGCGAUUGCCGGGUGAGCAGCUUCCGAGUCAAGGAGAACUUCGAUAAGGCUCGAUUUGCCGGACUCUGGUACGCCAUGGCCAAGAAGGACCCCGAGGGCCUCUUUCUGCAGGACAAUAUCAUCGCAGAGUUCUCAGUGGACGAGAACGGUCAGAUGAGCGCCACGGCCAAGGGCCGAGUCCGUCUUUUGAACAACUGGGACGUGUGUGCAGACAUGGUGGGCACCUUCACAGACACCGAGGACCCUGCCAAGUUCAAGAUGAAGUACUGGGGUGUAGCAUCCUUUCUCCAGAGAGGAAACGAUGACCACUGGAUCAUCGACACGGACUAUGACACCUAUGCUGUGCAGUACUCCUGCCGCCUCCUGAACCUUGAUGGCACCUGUGCUGACAGCUACUCCUUCGUGUUUGCCCGCGACCCCCACGGCCUGCCCCCAGACGUGCAGAGAAUCGUGAGGCGGAGGCAGGAGGAACUGUGCCUAGCCAGGCAGUACAGGCUGAUCUCGCACAAUGGUUACUGUGAUGGCAAAUCAGAAAGAAACAUUUUGUAGCAGUAUCAAGGAUGUCAGGUUUCAUUUGAAGACCUCCAACUAACUCUCACUCAGUCUUCAACUCUAUUUAUCUCAGUUUAGUUUGACCCUCUCUCCCCGCUUUCCCCCAGGAGACAUAAAACCUUUGCUACACAUAAAAAUAUAUGUGGAAAUAAGUGACUGUUUGCACUCAGAUGUAUGUCUUUACUGAGGUUUUACAGAAUCAUUUGAAGCUUCGGAUUCCAGACUUUGAUUUAUUAAAAUAUAGUCACCCGUUUCCUA